UGUUCUAUUCCUGCAGAUGGAUAUUCAGGGACUGUCUCCUAGAGAGGAGAACCCCCAGAAGCAUGGGAGUUCCCCCUGGGCCCUGACGUCUUUUAGAUGCCAUCACCUUGGUAAGCUGCUUGGACUGCCACAGACGCGGGGUGGUGAGCCGAGUGAGAGGACGUGGACCGAGGAGAUGCCGAGUUCCGACCUGCUCACAUUGAAGGCCUUUGAGCCUUACUUUGAGAUUUUGGAAGCAUACUCCAUAAAAGCCAAGAAUUACGUUAACGGGCAUUGCACUAAGUAUGAGCCCUGGCAGCUGAUUGCAUGGAGCGUUCUGUGGACUCUGCUGGUGGUCUGGCUCUAUGACUUUAUCUUCCAGCCGGAAAGUUUGUGGUCAAGAUUUAAAAAGAAAUGGUUUAAGCUCACCAGAAAGAUGCCAAUCAUUGGCCGCAAGAUUGAAGACAAGUUGAACAAGACCAAGGAUGAUAUUAGUAAGCACUUGUCCUUCCUGAAAGUGAACAGAGAGUACGUGAAAGCUCUGCCCUCCCAGGGGCUGAGCCCAUCUGCAGUUCUGGAGAAACUCAAGGAGUACAGCUCAAUGGAUGUCUCCUGGCAAGAGGGGAAAGCCUCCGGAGCGGUAUACAAUGGUGAGGAGAAGCUCACCGAGCUGCUCGUCAAGGCUUAUGGAGACUUUGCAUGGAGUAAUUCACUACAUCCAGAUAUCUUUCCAGGAUUACGCAAGAUAGAGGCCGAAAUUGUGAGAAUGGCUUGUUCCCUGUUCAAUGGGGGACCAGAUUCCUGUGGAUGUGUAACCUCAGGGGGCACAGAAAGCAUACUGAUGGCCUGCAAAGCUUAUCGGGACCUGGCUAGAGAGAAGGGAAUCAAAACUCCAGAGAUUGUGGCUCCCGUAAGUGCUCAUGCUGCAUUUGACAAAGCAGCCAAUUAUUUUGGCAUGAAGAUUGUACGGGUCCCGCUGAACAAGAUGAUGGAGGUGGACGUGCGGGCAAUGAGAAGAGCCAUUUCCAAGAACACAGCCAUGCUCGUCUGCUCUGCUCCACAGUUUGGUCACGGCACGAUUGAUCCCAUCCCCGAAGUGGCCAAGCUGGCUGUGAAAUACAAAAUCCCUCUGCAUGUGGACGCAUGUCUCGGGGGCUUCCUCAUUGUCUUCAUGGAGAAAGCAGGGUACCCAUUGGAUCGGCCGUUUGACUUCCGGGUGGAAGGUGUGACCAGCAUUUCAGCCGAUACCCAUAAGUAUGGCUACGCCCCGAAAGGCUCCUCCGUGGUGCUGUACAGUGAGAAGAAGUACAGGAAUUACCAGUUCUUCGUUAGCACGGAUUGGCAGGGUGGCAUCUAUGCUUCCCCAAGCAUCGCAGGCUCCCGGCCUGGGGGCAUCAGUGCAGCCUGUUGGGCUGCUUUGAUGUACUUUGGUGAGAACGGCUACGUUGAGUCUACCAAACAGAUCAUCAAAACGGCUCGCUUCCUCAAGUCAGAACUGGAAAAUAUCAAAGGCAUCUUUGUUUUUGGGAAUCCUCAGUUGUCAGUCAUCGCUCUGGGUUCCCGUGAAUUUGACAUCUUCCGACUUUCUAACCUGAUGACUGCUAAGGGCUGGAAUUUGAACCAGUUGCAGUUCCCGCCCAGUAUUCAUUUCUGCAUCACAUUAGUACACACCCGGAAGCGAGUAGCCACCCAGUUCCUAAAGGAUGUCCGGGAAUCUGUCACCCAAAUAAUGAAGAACCCUAAAGCAAAGACCACAGGAAUGGGUGCCAUCUACGGCAAUGCCCAGGCCAUCAUUGACAGGAAUUUGGUUGCGGAACUGACGUCCGUCUUCCUGAACAGCCUGUACAGCACAGACACGAUCGCCCAGGGCCCCCAGAUGAAUGGGGCUCCAGAACCCCGCUGAGCCCACACCUGUCUGGCCCACAGGGGCCUCUGACCUUCUAAGGUUCUAGGGAGUAUGGAAGAGCCAUGCACAACUUGUACAUCUGGUUUUGGCCUGGAGCACCACCAGGUAGACCACAAGACAACUCCAACCUCAGGAUUCCUGUCCCUCUUUUUGUUGUCUUUCUGUGGUUUCUAAUUUAAAUGCCCCAGGAGAUUCUGUCACAUAAUGAAUUUGCCCUUCUUAUAGAUGUUACCGUAGGAAUUACUUUAACCUCUUCCUUCUCUAACUUCCCUCUGAGUUUCCCUCACCAGUGGUGUAGCAACUCUGCCCUGUGGGGUGUGAGAGCGCCCUGAGGCUUCUCUGUUAAGUCAUUGCAGGCUUGGGGCUGGUUGUCACAGAUGGUUCCCAGGUGGCGUGGGCACUAAGUAGGGACUUCUCCAACACUCUGCUCCAGGGUAGGUUAGCUCUCUGGCUCAGCGUCUCUCUGUCUCUCUUCUCAUGACUGCUUUACUUCUGUAGGAUGCAGCUUGAUCAGCUGUUGUUCUCUGUUAGGACUGGAGCGCUUGAGCCACUUGCCCCAGUCUCCCAGGGCAGAGUUUGGAAUACACCGGUUGUCCCUUUCUGUACCUGCAAGGCCCCAUUGGACACUCAU